AUGGACCCAGUUCUCUAUGCAUAUGUGGUGCCAAGUUGUGUGGGAAGGGACACACUGACAACACCCCCCCUCCCAGGGCUCAUUGUUGGGGGGUGCUGGAGGGACACGGAGGCGCCGCCAUGGCAGAGGCCGGCCUGGGUGGACCUGGAGAUGACCAGCUUGGAUAUUGAGAAAGACCAGAUCAUCAAGAUGGCCUGCCUCAUAACCGAUUCGGACUUAACUAUCUUGGCUGAAGGCCCCAACCUGAUAAUCAACCAGCCAGAUGAACUACUGGACAGCAUGUCGGAAUGGUGCAAAGAGUAUCAUGGGAAGUCUGGCCUUACCAAAGCGGUGAAAGAGAACACAAUAUCUCUGUGCCAAGCAGAGUACAAAUUUCUGUCUUUUGUCCGGCAGCAGAUGCCCCCGGGACUCUGUCCUCUUGCAGGAAACUCGGUUCAUGCAGACAAGAAGUUUCUCGACAAACACAUGCCCCAAUUUAUGAAGCAUCUUCACUACCGGAUCAUUGAUGUGAGCACCGUUAAAGAGCUGUGCAGACGCUGGCUCCCAGAAGAUUACGAGUUUGCUCCAAAGAAGGCUGCUCCUCACAGAGCUCUUGAUGACAUCCGGGAGAGCAUCAAAGAGCUUCAGUUCUACAUAAAUAGCAUCUUCAAGAGGAACACACAUGAAAAGAAAAGGAAGCUAGUGGAAAAUGGUGAAAACGAGAACUCCACCCGUUGAUCUCGUAGCCCUCCUCACUCCUUAGUGAAAG